GUUCCCCGGUGCGCCCGCAGCCGGGCCGGAACGAUGAAGCCCCCGGGGCCGGAGAGCCGCUCCGGGCGGCCGCGAGAGGCCGCUGCCCGCGUGGCCACCAGGGGGCGCCGCAGCCCAGCCGCUCUGCAAGGAGCCCGGGGUCCCAUCCACGGGGACCGGAGACGCAGGCUCCCGUCCGGCGGCAGCAUUUACCAGCAGCUGUGGUCACGCCGUGUGGGAAGCGAUUACCGGGACUACUCUUGUCAUUUCCCUUAUUUGUCCCCCAGUGGAGGUUCAAGGAGCCCCGCGGCCGCAUGUGCGGCCUGGCAGACGCGCGCCGGGCGCCCGGACCUCAGGCCGAGACGCAGCGCCCCCGCCCGCCCGCGGGCCCCGGCAAGGCCCCCUCGGCCCGCCCCGCGCCCCCCACGUCCCCGGUACACCCGGCUGCCCCGCGCGCGAUGCCGGGCAGGGUCCGCCCCGGGAGGCUCGCCCACAGCUCCGCUUACCUGCAGUCUGCACGUAGAAGGUACUACGCACGCUGAAGAGGUGAGCCGGUGGGAGGAGCAGCACGUGAGGAGCCGAAGGCAGGCCUCGUACCACGUCCCUGGCAGUGGACACCUCGUCUACUGACACUCGGCCUCUCCUGCCUCCGCUGAUGUCCUCUUGUCUUGGCUCA